GCGCUCCCGCGGCGGGCGUCUGGUUUCCAAUUCCGCGGGCUCCGCCGGCUGGGGCUGGGCUAGCUUGGGUGCCAGCGGCGGGUAGUGCCAGGCGCCCGCGGAGCAACAGGAGCCCAAAGAAACGGAGAGCGGCAGCAGCAGCAGCAGCAGAGAGAACGCUGGGGGGGAGAAGCCGGGAGCGAGGAAGGGUCCCCGAAGCCCGCGUCCUCCCCGAGGCCAUACUCUGCGGGCGCACAAGGUGGGCAUGAUCCGCGGGCAAGGUUGCAAGCCUCAUGUAAGGAGCUGAAGGGGGAAAGAAAAUAUACAGGAUGAAAAGAUGGCAAUGUUGCCUCCCCCAGGACCUCAGAGCUUUGUCUACUUCACAAAACAAUCUCUUGCCCUCAUUGAACAACGUAUUGCUGAAGGAAAAACAAAGGAACCCAAAGAAGAAAAGAAAGACGACGAUGAAGAAGGUCCAAAGCCAAGCAGUGACUUGGAAGCCGGCAAACAGCUGCCCUUCAUCUACGGGGACAUCCCUCCGGGCAUGGUGUCGGAGCCCUUGGAGGACCUGGACCCCUACUACUCAGACAAGAAAACUUUCAUAGUAUUGAACAAGGGGAAAGCAAUCUUCCGUUUCAAUGCUGCACCUGCUUUGUACCUGCUCUCUCCUUUCAAUCCUCUGAGAAGAAUAUCAAUUAAGAUUUUAGUACACUCCUUAUUCAGCAUGCUAAUCAUGUGCACUAUUCUGACGAACUGCAUAUUUAUGACCUUGAGUAGCCCUCCAGAUUGGACCAAGAAUGUAGAGUACACUUUUACUGGAAUAUAUACUUUUGAAUCACUUGUAAAAAUCCUUGCAAGAGGCUUCUGUGUAGGAGAAUUCACUUUCCUUCGUGACCCGUGGAACUGGCUUGAUUUUGUCGUCAUUGUUUUUGCGUAUUUAACAGAAUUUGUAAACCUAGGCAAUGUUUCAGCUCUUCGAACUUUCAGAGUGUUGAGAGCUUUGAAAACUAUUUCUGUAAUCCCAGGCCUGAAGACCAUCGUGGGAGCCCUGAUCCAAUCAGUGAAGAAGCUCUCGGAUGUCAUGAUCCUGACUGUGUUCUGUCUGAGCGUGUUUGCUCUGAUUGGGCUGCAGCUCUUCAUGGGCAACCUGAAGCAUAAGUGUGUGUGGACUCCAUUUGAAAAUAACGAAACAAUAGAAAGCAUGUUGGAUUCCCUCGACGAAGAAGACCGUAGCAAAUAUUUUUAUUACUUGGAGGGAUCCAAAGAUGCUCUCCUUUGUGGUUUCAGCACAGACUCAGGGUAUGUAAUAUUUGUUUUGAUUUUAACACUGCGUGCUGCUGGGAAAACCUACAUGAUCUUCUUUGUGGUGGUGAUUUUCCUGGGCUCCUUCUACCUGAUCAACUUGAUCCUGGCGGUGGUUGCCAUGGCCUAUGAAGAACAGAACCAGGCAAACAUCGAAGAAGCUCGGCAGAAAGAGAUAGAAUUUCAACAGAUGUUAGAUCACCUUAAGAAAGAGCAAGAAGAAGCCGAGGCAAUAGCACUGGCGGCCGCUGAAUACACAAGCAUUGGGAGAAGCAGGAUAAUGGGCCUCUCCGAGAGUUCUUCUGAAACAUCCAGACUGAGCUCUAAAAGUGCUAAAGAGAGAAGAAACAGAAGAAAGAAAAGGAAUCAAAAGAAGCUCUCCAGUGGAGAGGAAAAGGGAGAUGAUGAGAAAUUGUCCAAAUCAGAAUCAGAGGAGAACAUCAGGAGAAAAAGUUUCCGCCUCGGUGUUGAAGGUCCUCGGCGAGCACAUGAAAAGAGAUUGUCCACGCCUAAUCAGUCACCGCUCAGCAUCCGCGGCUCCUUGUUUUCCGCGAGGCGCAGCAGCAGAACAAGCCUUUUUAGUUUCAAAGGUCGAGGAAAAGAUAUUGGAUCUGAGACUGAAUUUGCCGACGAUGAGCACAGCAUUUUCGGAGACAGUGAGAGCAGGAGGGGCUCUCUGUUCGUGCCCCACAGACCGCGGGAGCGGCGCAGCAGCAGCAUCAGUCAGGCCAGUAGGUCCCCCCCGGUGCUGCCGGUGAACGGGAAGAUGCACAGCGCCGUCGACUGCAACGGCGUGGUCUCCUUGGUUGACGGACCUGCAGCCCUCAUGCUCCCUAAUGGACAGCUUCUGCCAGAGGUGAUAAUAGAUAAGGCAACUUCUGAUGACAGCGGUGCAACUAAUCAAAUACACAAGAAAAGACGUCCCAGUUCUUAUCUUCUUUCUGAAGAUAUGUUGAAUGAUCCCAAUCUCAGAAAAAGGGCAAUGAGCAGGGCCAGCAUAUUAACAAACACUGUGGAAGAACUUGAAGAGUCCAGACAGAAAUGUCCACCUUGGUGGUACAGAUUUGCACACACAUUCUUGAUCUGGAAUUGCUCUCCAUAUUGGAUAAAAUUCAAAAAAGUUAUCUACUUUAUUGUAAUGGAUCCUUUUGUAGAUCUUGCUAUUACCAUUUGCAUUGUUUUAAACACCUUGUUCAUGGCUAUGGAACAUCACCCAAUGACUGAUGAAUUCAAAAACGUGCUCACUGUGGGAAAUUUAGUCUUUACUGGCAUCUUUGCAGCUGAAAUGGUUUUAAAACUGAUUGCCAUGGAUCCAUAUGAGUAUUUCCAAGUAGGAUGGAAUAUUUUUGACAGCCUUAUUGUGACUUUAAGCUUAGUGGAGCUUUUUCUAGCAGAUGUGGAAGGAUUGUCAGUUCUACGAUCAUUCAGACUGCUCCGAGUUUUCAAGUUAGCAAAAUCUUGGCCAACACUGAACAUGCUGAUAAAGAUCAUUGGUAACUCAGUGGGAGCUCUAGGUAACCUCACCUUGGUGUUGGCCAUCAUCGUCUUCAUCUUUGCUGUGGUUGGCAUGCAACUCUUUGGUAAGAGCUACAAAGAGUGUGUCUGCAAGAUCAGUGAAGAAUGUACACUCCCACGCUGGCACAUGAAUGACUUCUUCCACUCCUUCCUGAUUGUGUUCCGGGUUCUGUGUGGAGAGUGGAUAGAGACCAUGUGGGACUGCAUGGAGGUCGCCGGUCAAGCCAUGUGCCUUAUUGUUUACAUGAUGGUCAUGGUGAUUGGAAACCUAGUGGUCCUCAACCUAUUUCUUGCUUUAUUAUUGAGCUCAUUUAGUUCAGACAAUCUUACAGCAAUUGAAGAAGACACCGAUGCAAACAACCUCCAGAUUGCGGUGGCCAGAAUUAAGAAGGGAAUAAAUUAUGUGAAACAAACCUUACGUGAAUUUAUCUUAAAAGCAUUUUCCAAAAAGCCAAAGGUUUCCAAAGAGAUAAGACGAGCAGAUCUAAACUGUAAGAAGGAGAACUUCAUCUCUAAUCGCACGCUCGCUGAAAUGAGCAAGGAUCACCAUUUCCACAAAGAGAAAGAUAAAACCAGUGGUUUUGGAAACAGUGUGGACAAAUACUUGAUGGAAGAAAGUGAUGGUCAAUCAUUUAUUCAUAAUCCCAGCCUCACCGUGACAGUGCCAAUUGCACCUGGGGAAUCUGAUUUGGAAAUUAUGAACACUGAGGAACUUAGCAGUGAUUCAGAUAGUGAAUACAGCAAAGGGAGGCUGAACCGAUCAAGUUCCUCCGAGUGCAGCACAGUGGAUAACGCUUUGCCAGAAAAAGAAGCAGAGGCUGAACCUGUCAAUCCAGAUGAGCCAGCAGCCUGUUUUACAGAUGGUUGUGUACGGAGGUUCCCAUGCUGCCAAGUUAACAUAGAAUCAGGGAAGGGAAGAAUCUGGUGGAACAUCAGGAAAACCUGCUACAGGAUAGUUGAGCACAGCUGGUUUGAAAGCUUCAUUGUUCUCAUGAUCCUGCUCAGCAGUGGUGCUCUGGCUUUUGAAGACAUAUAUAUUGAAAAGAAAAGGACCAUUAAGACUAUCCUGGAGUAUGCUGACAAGAUAUUCACUUACAUCUUCAUUAUGGAAAUGCUUCUAAAAUGGGUAGCAUAUGGUUACAAAACCUAUUUCACCAAUGCCUGGUGUUGGCUGGAUUUCUUAAUUGUCGAUGUUUCUUUGGUUACUUUAGUUGCAGCUGCUUUUGGCUACUCAGAUCUUGGCCCCAUCAGAUCCCUUCGGACACUUAGAGCUUUAAGACCUCUAAGAGCUUUAUCUCGAUUUGAAGGAAUGAGGGUGGUCGUGAAUGCGCUCAUAGGUGCAAUUCCUUCCAUCAUGAAUGUGCUCCUUGUGUGUCUUAUAUUCUGGCUAAUAUUUAGUAUCAUGGGAGUAAAUUUGUUUGCUGGCAAGUUCUAUGAGUGUAUUAACACCACGGAUGGGUCACGGUUUCAUACAAAUCGAGUUGAAAAUCGUUCUGAGUGUUUUGCGCUUAUGAAUGUUAGUCAAAAUGUGCGAUGGAAAAACUUGAAAGUGAACUUUGACAAUGUUGGACUUGGUUACCUGUCUCUGCUUCAAGUUGCAACAUUCAAGGGAUGGAUGGAUAUCAUGUAUGCUGCAGUUGAUUCUGUUAAUGUAGACAAGCAGCCCAUAUAUGAAUACAACCUCUACAUGUAUAUUUAUUUCGUCAUCUUUAUCAUCUUUGGGUCGUUCUUCACUUUGAAUUUGUUCAUUGGUGUCAUCAUAGAUAAUUUCAACCAACAGAAAAAGAAGCUUGGAGGUCAAGAUAUCUUUAUGACUGAAGAACAGAAGAAAUAUUAUAAUGCAAUGAAAAAGCUGGGAUCCAAGAAACCACAAAAACCAAUACCUCGGCCAGGGUGGACGUUUACGUUACUUCCACGUCUUAGCUAUUGUAUGUUUCUAGCUGAUUUGAUAGAAAAAUAUUUUGUGUCCCCUACCCUGUUCCGAGUGAUCCGUCUCGCCAGGAUUGGCCGAAUCCUGCGUCUGAUCAAAGGGGCGAAGGGAAUCCGCACGCUGCUCUUUGCUUUGAUGAUGUCCCUUCCUGCACUGUUUAACAUCGGCCUCUUGCUCUUCCUGGUCAUGUUCAUCUACGCCAUCUUUGGCAUGUCCAACUUCGCCUAUGUUAAAAAGGAAGCUGGAAUCAACGACAUGUUUAACUUUGAGACCUUCGGCAACAGCAUGAUCUGCCUGUUCCAGAUCACCACCUCUGCUGGCUGGGAUGGGUUGCUAGCACCUAUUCUCAACAGUGGUCCUCCAGAUUGUGACCCCAAAAAAGUUCAUCCUGGAAGUUCAGUGGAAGGAGACUGUGGGAACCCCUCUGUUGGGAUAUUCUACUUUGUCAGUUACAUCAUCAUAUCAUUUCUGGUUGUGGUGAACAUGUACAUCGCUGUCAUCCUGGAGAACUUCAGUGUUGCUACUGAAGAAAGUACUGAGCCCCUGAGUGAGGAUGACUUUGAGAUGUUCUACGAGGUUUGGGAAAAGUUUGAUCCAGAUGCCACCCAAUUUAUAGAAUAUAGCAAACUCUCUGAUUUUGCAGCUGCCCUGGAUCCUCCACUCCUCAUAGCAAAACCAAACAAAGUCCAGCUCAUUGCCAUGGAUCUGCCCAUGGUCAGUGGGGACAGGAUCCACUGCCUUGACAUCUUAUUUGCUUUUACAAAGCGUGUUUUGGGUGAAAGUGGAGAGAUGGACUCUCUCCGUUUACAGAUGGAAGAAAGAUUCAUGUCUGCAAAUCCUUCUAAAGUGUCCUAUGAACCCAUCACAACUACACUAAAACGAAAACAAGAGGAUGUGUCUGCUACUGUCAUUCAGCGUGCUUACAGACGUUACCGUUUACGGCAAAAUGUCAAAAAUAUAUCAAGUAUAUACAUAAAAGAUGGAGGCAAAGAUGAUGAUUUGCCCAAAAAGGAAGAUACGGUCUUUGAUAAUGUUAAUGGGAACUCGAGUCCAGAAAAAACAGAUGCAACUUCAUCCACCACGUCUCCACCUUCAUAUGAUAGUGUAACAAAACCAGACAAAGAGAAAUAUGAAAAAGACAAAACAGAAAAGGAAGACAAAGGGAAAGAUGGCAAGGAAAGCAAAAAAUAGAGCUUCAUUUUUGAUACAUUGUUUACAGCCUGUGGAGGUGAUGUAUUUGUGUUAAUAAGACUCUUUUAAGGAGGUCUAUGCCAAAACUCUUUUUAUCCACAUAUUCUCAAAGUCAGUACAGCCCCUAGCUCUGAUUCUCUGACAUAGGUGGGCAGCAUUAGCAGAUGACUUAUUUUUGCAUCAGGAAAUGAUUCUAUAAGAAUUGUUAAGAGUAACUCUACAGGGAUAAUUGGUUACAGCCAACAAAGGUGAUUUAACUUAAUUUCUUUUAAUCAAUCAG